AAUAAAGCUGCAAAGUCAUAUGGAACAUGUAUUAAUAUAUUAUUUAUUUUAAUAGCUUAAAUCGAAAUAAAAAAAUUAGAGACUGCUAAACAUAUAGCUGAGACUUUAGCUAAGAGUCCAAAUAUAUCAUGGAUACCAACUGGUAAUGGAGUUUCAAAUCUAUUGA